CUCACUCACGUGGCUGGGGCUGUGCUGUGAGGGCUGGGGCCUUUGUGCUCUCAAGAUAGUGUGGGGUGGUCCAGGGAGACCUGAAGGAAGAAGGCCAGAGGAAGGAGGCCCAGUGCCCUGAGGAGCACGUCUCCUCAGGUCCUCGGAGUGGCGGCCCUGGGGCCCGGCCGCGGCCAUGGAGCCUCUGGAGACCCCCGUCAAGGACGGCAUCCUCUACCAGCAGCACAUCAAGUUCGGCAAGAAGUGCUGGCGGAAGGUAUGGGGUCUACUCUAUGCAGGAGGCCCCUCGGGCGUGGCCCGGCUAGAGAGCUGGGAGGUCCGGGAUGGUGGCCUGGGGCCAGCAGGUGACAGGUCGGCGGGGCCUGGCCGGCGGGGAGAACGGCGGAUCAUCCGCCUGGCUGACUGCGUGUCCGUGCUACCGGCUGAUGGCGAGAGCUGCCCCCGGGACACUGGUGCCUUCCUGCUCACCACCACGGAGCGAAGCCACCUGCUGGCUGCAGAGCACCGCCAGGCAUGGAUGGGCCCCAUCUGUCAGCUGGCCUUCCCGGUGAGCACAGGGCAGGGCACAGGGGAGAGUUCCUCGGGAUCUGGGGAGGUGGAGGCUCGGCAGAGGAGCCUAGUCCCCAUGGAGGAGAACUCCAUCUACUCUUCCUGGCAGGAAGUGGGCGAGUUCCCGGUGGUGGUGCAGAGGACGGAGGCAGCCACCCGCUGCCAGCUGAAGGGGCCCUACCUCCUGCGGCUGGGACAGGACGCUCUCCAGCUGAGCGAACCGGCCAGCCCGCAGGCGCUCUACACCUGGCCCUACUGCUUCCUGCGAAAGUUCGGCGCCGACAAGGGCGUGUUCUCCUUUGAAGCCGGCCGCCGCUGCGACUCGGGCGAGGGCCUCUUCGCCUUCAGCAGCGCCCGCGCCCGCGACCUGUGCGGAGCCUUGGCCGCAGCCAUCGCCCGCCAGCGGGAGCGGCUCCCGGGGCCCCGGCCCUGCCCUCUGCCGCGGGCCACCUCGCUGCCCUCGCUGGAGCCUCCAGGCGAGCUGCGGGAGGGGCCCCCGCGGCCCGAAGCGCCCGGCUCGCGGAAGAUGCGCGCGGCCGAGCCCGGGCCACAGAGUCUGCCGCCGCUGCUGGGCCCCGCGGUCUCCGAGGAGCCGCCGGCAUUGCUCUACGCGUCCGUGUGCAAGCGGGCCAGCGGGCCCCCGAGCGCCGCCGCGGAACACCUGUACGAGAACUUGUUCGCGCCCGACGCCAGCUGCCGGGAGCUGGUGCGCGAGGGCCCGGGCGGCGGCAGCCCCCCGGCCAGCCCCAUCUACCACAACAGCCAGGACCUGGGCUGGCCCGGCGCGGCCCACGACAGCAGCCUGGAGGCCCAGUACCGGCGGUUGCUGGAGCUGGAGCUGGCGGAUAACGGCGACGAGGCGGCGGGGUCUGGCCGCCCCGGCGCGCACUCAGGCUUCAAGGCCAAGCUGGUGACGUUGCUGAGCCGAGAGCGGAAGAAGGGCCCGGCCCCCUGCGACCGGCCCUGAACCACUUAGCGUGGCCGCCCUAGGAGAGGAGGGCGCUCUCCCUGGGACAAGAAGGCAGGGAGGACCACGGACAUCUGGGGACGCAACCCUCACACGCACUCCAGCCUGGAGGGACAAGGCGGGAGGCCCCCCCGGUGUAUAGUGUACAGAUUUGCUGGUAAUAAAGCCUUUGUAGUUCUCCUCUC